AAAACCCGUCUCUGCUUUUAGUUUUUUUCUUGAGCAGAUCGUAGACAUGAGCUCUAAAAAUAGUUGCUCCCUUUUGAUGCUCUUGUAUCUCCUGCUCAUCCUCGAUCUCACCGUUGUUCGCUCUUGUCCUGAGGAAUGUGGAAGAGUCAACAUCCCCUACCCAUUUGGAAUCGGAAAGGGUUGCUAUCUCGAGAAAUGGUACGAAAUUAUAUGUGUUAACAACUCUGUUCCUUUUCUUUCCAUAAUUAACAAGGAAGUUGUGAGUAUCUCUUUUUCGGAUAUGUCUCGCCACUUCUCUGAUUUAGGGUACGGAUCAAUUCGCGUAAAAAACCCUAUAACUUCAAAGGGAUGCUCAAGUGGCGGAGAAGAGCUUGGCAUUGGAUCACUUUUGAAUUUGACAGGUUACCCUUUUUACGUUGGCGAUAAUAAUGUGCUCAUAGCGGUUGGCUGCAACAACACGGCAUCGUUGACAAAUGUCGAGCCAAGCAUUGUGGGGUGCCAGUCUACUUGCAGCACAAAACAACAUAUGCCGAUAAAUGAUUAUCUCGCGGGAGUCUACUGUAAUAAUAGGAAUCGCGAGUAUCGCGGGUCCGAGUUUUGUAAUAAAAUCUCCAUUAUGAAUGAUACAAGCUGCCUCGGUAUUGGAUGCUGCAAGGCAAGCAUGCCCGAUAUGUAUCAACAGAUUGUUGGUGUGGAAAUAGAUGAUAACAACACGCUAUCGAGGGGAUGCAAAGUGGCAUUCUUAACUGACCAGGAAUACUUUUUGUCAAAUGGAUCUGACCCGCAGAGCCUUUAUGCUAAAGGAUAUGUUACGGUUGACCUACGAUGGUUCAUCCAUACGGCAAAUCAUUCGUCGUUCAUAGGCUCUCUGGGAUGCGUAAGUGUAGACCAGUACCAAAUUCGAAAAUAUUACGGUCAGGAAUACGGAAUAGGUUGCCUUUGCGACUCUAUAUUUUCAAGCUAUGCCUAUGCAACAUGUUCUUCCUCUCGUGGUUACGAAGGCAACCCAUAUGUACCUGGCGAAUGCAAAGAUAUUAAUGAAUGCCUAAAAGGCAUUGUUGGAGAAGAACACGUCUGUCCGGGAGGCAAGUGUGUCAAUUUGCACGGAGGUUAUAGGUGUUCGAACACAAAUAAUCGACCACUUGCUAUAGGGAUUGGCACGAGUUUCGGCUCAUUGAUCUUCGUUGGUGGAAUAUAUUUGUUAUACAAAUUUAUUAGAAGACAAAGGAGGUUAAACCGAAAGAAGAAAUUCUUUAAGCGUAAUGGGGGUUUAUUGUUGCAACAACAAUUGAUUUCAACCGAAGGCAACGUCGACAAUACAAGAGUGUUCAACUCAAAAGAGUUGGAAAAAGCCACCGAAAACUUUAGCUUAAACAGAAUACUAGGCGAAGGAGGUCAAGGUACAGUGUACAAGGGAAUGCUUGCCGACGGCAGAAUCGUAGCAGUGAAGAAAUCCAAAGUUGUUGACGAAGACAAACUAGAAGAGUUCAUCAACGAGGUUGUCAUUCUCUCACAAAUCAAUCACAGGAACAUCGUAAAACUCUUGGGGUGUUGCCUUGAGACAGAUGUCCCUAUUCUCGUCUACGAAUUCAUUCCUAAUGGUAAUCUUUUUGAGCAUCUUCAUGAUGAUUCUGAUGAUUACACGAUGACUACUUGGGAAGUGCGUCUUCGCAUUGCUUUAGAUAUUGCUGGAGCUCUAUCUUACUUGCACUCAGCUGCAUCAUCUCCAAUCUAUCAUAGAGACAUCAAAUCUACAAACAUAAUGUUAGAUGAGAAAUAUCGAGCCAAAGUGUCUGAUUUUGGCACUUCAAGAACAGUGACCGUGGAUCAUACCCACCUCACGACAGUUGUUUCAGGCACGGUGGGAUAUAUGGAUCCAGAGUAUUUCCAAUCGAGCCAAUUCACAGACAAAAGUGAUGUGUAUAGCUUCGGAGUCGUGCUAGCGGAGCUAAUCACCGGAGAAAAAUCUAUUUCUUUUAUGCGAUCUCAAGCAAAUAGGACUCUCUCAACUUAUUUUACGCUUGCAGUGAAAGAGAACAAACUCUCUGACAUUAUUGAUGCUCGAAUAAAAGAUGGUUGUAAGAUUAAUCAAGUGAUAGCAGCAGCAAAAAUUGCAACAAAGUGUUUGAAUAUGAAGGGAAGGAAACGACCAAGUAUGAGAGAAGUAUCGAUGGAGUUGGAGAAGAUUUGUUAUUGUCCUGGAGCUAAGCUGCCAUAUGAGUAUGUUUGCGAAAACGAAGAAGAGAAAGAAGAAAAUUUGGUGCAAGUUAACAAAGAGGUAGAGUCGAGAAACUAUGAUACUGUUGCGGCCUCAUCAUCUCAAUACAGCAAUAUUGCUACAUCAUCUUCGUCGUGGUCAGAUGUUGCACCAUUGUUUCCUCUUCAGACGCUGUAAAAUAUUAAUCAUGCAAACGAAUUUGUUACCUCACGUCUUUGCUUUUACAUUCGGUCUUGGUCUUUACCUGUGAAAGUAUUUUUAUAAAGGUCACUCACUCGUCAAGUUGUGUUAA